ACAUCCACAGAUGGUGCUGAGUAGAGCGAGCAGCAGGCGCACUACGAGAUCAAGUGUGGGAGUGUGUGUUUGUUUGUGUCUGACAGAGGGAGAGACUGAUUGGAUAACCACUGUAUUGUGAAGCCAAAAGUCUGUAGUAACACAGAGGAAGAACAGGAGAGUGUUUGCUCAGAGGAGUUGCAGGAAAAGUCAUAAGAGGAGGAUUGAGUGUUGGAGGAAGGAAAAAGAGACUGAGAGAAGUCCCCCCACCUUCCCCAGAGAGCAGGAGGUAAACCGCCGGUAAGCAAAUAUUAAUGACCUGACAAGAGAGCACACAACAUCCCUGUGUUGAUCAGACAGCCUUACCCUGGAGCUGCGCAACAGAGGAGCCCGGAUACAUAUAUACACUCAGCCACACGCGCGCAAGACGAGUCCCCCUCGCUGCUUUCCACUCACUCAUGAUCAUCACUCCAGCCACACGCAAACACAAGGGCCACGCUGACACAGCCAGAGGAGUGGAGAAGAGAAGAAGAGGACUCUUGCCUUGUCGUUGGACUUUGUCAAAGUAAAAGGCAUCACUGGAUUUUUUUUUUUUUUUUUUUUAACCCAGAAAUCAGAGUCCUCCUUUAGUGCUGACCUUUUUAAAGCCCCCUUCCCCAAGGAGCAAAGAUGAGCUGCAGGAAAAGGUGCAAGCGGGAGAUCUUCAAGUUCGCACAGUACCUGUUCAGACUCAUCACAGGCACGCUCAACACCGACAGCGUUGAAGAUGAGCUUGAACUAUCUGCAGUCCGCCAUCGCCCUGAGGGCUUGGAGCAGCUUGAAGCCCAGACACGUUUCUCUCGCAAGGAGCUACAGAUCCUUUACCGCGGCUUCAAGAAUGAAUGCCCCAGUGGAGUCGUCAACGAAGAAACCUUUAAAGACAUCUACGCACAGUUCUUCCCACAAGGAGAUGCUUCAACAUAUGCACAUUUCCUGUUCAAUGCAUUUGACACAGAUCACAAUGGCUCUGUCAGUUUUGAGGAUUUUGUUAUGGGCCUCUCGAUCCUUCUGCGAGGAUCCGUCCAGGAAAAACUCAACUGGGCUUUCAACCUUUAUGAUAUCAAUAAAGACGGAUAUAUAACUAAAGAGGAAAUGCUGGACAUUAUGAAGGCCAUCUACGACAUGAUGGGAAAAUGCACAUACCCUGUCCUCAAAGAGGAGACGCCUCGCCAGCAUGUAGAAGUAUUCUUUCAGAAGAUGGAUAAGAAUAAAGAUGGAGUGGUUACCAUAGACGAGUUCAUCGACUGCUGCCAAAAUGAUGAAAACAUCAUGCGAUCAAUGCACCUCUUUGAAAAUGUUCUUUAACUUCGGGCCGAGUGUGGAGGCUUUGGAAAAGAACAUCAUCUUUAGCUUGGCCCAAUAACCGACUUGGAGUCAUGCUGUGUACAGUGUGCUAUGCAGACUUUUGACCAUAGAUAAAUUAUUGUUCAUUACUGUGGGCCACAAGUAAGAGUAGGCAAUAUGGUGUGAACACUCUGGAAUCAGUUGCCUUUUCAAUGGUUUUUAUUGAAUAAGUUGGAGAAAUUUGCAACAUUAAAAUGAAUAGAAAGGAGAGAAAAAUAGUUUUUGCAGCCGUGGUUGAAUUUUCAAAAUGAAUACAUCUCAACUUAAGUGCUUAUUUCCACCAUCUGUCUCUGGAGUGUCUUUCUAUCUGAUCGACACUUUGUUCUGCAACCUGUGUUAGCCCUCCAACAUUAUAAACACACUGGGAAUAGGAGACUUCUGAUAAAAGGGUUUCCUCUUCCUCUGUUGCAGCCUUGAGUUAUUUUAUUUACUGCCAAGUGAAAUCACUGUGACUUUUUAGAGCAUCAAAAUAAUGAUAAAAAAAAAAAAAAAACCUGAAUAAAAUAUCUGAGGUAACUUAAUAUUCGUCUCUGCUCUCAGCUCUCAGCUCUCGAUUCCAGAGUGUUCUCACCCCGGCGUAGUUAACCAUUGUGGUCUGUCUUUUUGCUCUUUGAAGGAAGCAUUUAGAGAAAAAAAAACACACAUACACAUUGUACCAUUUUAAAUUGUAUAUACUAUAGAUAAAGCGAUAGAUAAAAACUCUAUGAGAAACUUUUCAACUUUGUUCAUGUUUACUUGCCAACUAGAAUGAGACAACACAAGGAUUGUAUUGAUGUCAAAUUUGGACCAUAAUAUCGAUGGUUUGUCUACAGAAGCACACAGGUAGCUAUAUUUACCAUGAGUAUAACAUUAGACGAUAUCUUUGUCAUAAAAUAAAUGCUGCUUUCAGUGUAUUUCAUUUAACCCUAUGUAUGUAUAUUCCCUGUAAAGUAAACCAUCUAUCAAUGUUUUUAUUUAGUUUUUUAAGCACUGUUUAGUUUACACUAAGAGCAGUGUUUGAGGUUAUUUAUAUGAUAUUAUGGUCAUUGUACAAAAGAUUGUCAGUUGUACAGUAUUAAAAUGAAAAUUCGCUCUGGGGUGAAUUUCAGGUCUUUA